AUGUCCUUGCUCCAGACAACACUACCCGGCGAAAAGACAAAGGACAACCUGCGUCUGCUCGUCGUCUCGAACCGUCUUCCGGUCACCAUCACCAAGGAUGCCUCGGGAAUCUACCAGUACAAGAUGUCGUCCGGAGGACUCGUCUCUGCUCUCUCUGGUCUCAAGCGCAUGAUGAAGUUCACAUGGAUCGGGUGGCCCGGUCUCGAUAUCCCCGUCGAGGAUCGCGCCCUUGUCCAGAAGGAGCUGCUCGAAAAACACUCUUGUCUGCCCGUCUUUAUCGACGACGAGAUUGCCGACAUGCACUACAACGGAUUCUCCAACAGCAUUCUCUGGCCUUUGUUCCAUUACCACCCUGGUGAGAUCUCAUUCAAUGAGGAAGAUUGGGGCGCAUACCAGCAGGCCAACAGCCUGUUUGCCAAGGCCAUCACAGAGAUUGUACGCGACGGCGAUCUGGUCUGGGUGCAGGAUUACCAUCUGAUGCUUCUCCCCAGGUUGCUACGUGAGGAGGUCAAGAACCAGCGUACGGCGAAUGAGCCUGUCAAAAACAUCAAGAUUGGCUUCUUCUUGCACACCCCCUUCCCCAGUAGCGAAGUCUACAGAAUCCUGCCUGUCCGCAAAGAAAUCCUUCUCGGCGUACUGAACUCUGAUCUGAUUGGAUUCCACACCUACGAUUAUGCACGCCACUUCCUCUCCUCCUGUACUCGCAUCCUCGGUCUCUCAACCAUGCCCAACGGUGUUGAUUACGAGGGCCGCUAUGCCCACGUCGGAACUUUCCCCAUCGGCAUCGACCCUGAAAAGUUUGCCGAGGGUCUGAAGGAACCAUCCGUCAUCAACCGCAUCCAGUCCCUGCGCGAAAAGUUCAAGGGUGUUAAGCUGAUUGUUGGUGUCGACCGUCUGGACUACAUCAAAGGAGUUCCCCAAAAGUUACACGCCCUCGAAGUCUUCCUGUCAGAGCACCCAGAGUGGAUCGGUAAGGUGGUCUUGGUACAGGUUGCAGUCCCGUCCCGUCAGGAUGUCGAGGAGUACCAGAACUUGCGUGCUGUCGUCAACGAGUUGGUCGGUCGCAUUAAUGGAAUGUACGGAACGAUCGAAUUCCAGCCUAUCCACUUCUUGCACAAGUCUGUCAACUUUGAAGAGUUGGUCGCCCUCUACGCCGUCUCGGAUGUCUGUUUGAUCUCGAGUACCCGUGAUGGAAUGAACCUUGUCAGUUACGAGUACAUUUGCUGCCAGCAGGAAAACCACGGUGUCAUGAUCCUCUCCGAGUUUGCCGGUGCUGCCCAGAGUUUGAACGGUUCCAUUAUUGUGAACCCAUGGAACACCGGCGAGCUGGCUGAUGCUAUCUACGAGGCUGUGACGAUGCCUGAUGAGACAAAGAAGAGCAACCAUCAGAAGCUCUUCCGUUAUGUCAACAAGUACACUGCAGCUUACUGGGGUGUCAGCUUUGUUGACGAGCUGAGGAGAGUCUCGGAGGAGUUUGAUCACCGCAUGGCCCUUCCCAAGCUGACCAUGGGACAUGUCCUUGAGGCCCACAACCAUUCUACCAAGAACAAGGUUGUCUUUUUCGAUUACGAUGGAACCUUGACCGCCACCCACAAGUUGCCCGAGUUUGCCAACCCUGCAAGCCAUAUCAUCCACAACUUGCAGGCACUCGCUGCUCAGCCCAACACCUAUGUCUAUAUUCUUUCCGGCCGUGACAGAAAGCAUCUUGACGCAUGGUUCGGUGAAUGCGGCGUUGGACUUUCGGCCGAGCACGGAUGUUUCUUCAAGCACCCCCCAGGAGUGGCCAAUGCAAUGAAGCAGAUCCGAUCGGAGAUGCCUAGCUCAGAUGCGCUCGAGCCAGCCAAGUUAGUCAAGGACGCGGGCAAUGGUUGGUUCCGUUCGGUCGAUCAGGUGGAUGCCAGCUGGCGUGAGACGAUUCGCCCCUUGUUCAAGCAUUACACUGAGCGGACACCCGGCAGUUUCAUUGAGGAGAAGGAAAUCAACAUGACAUGGCACUACCGCGAGGCCGAUCCCGAGUUUGGCACCUGGCAGGCGACAGAGUUGCAGGUCAACCUGGAGAAGCUUCUGGCACACAUGGCGCUGUCGAUUAUCCUCGGCAACAAGACAUUGGAGUUGCGUCCUAGCAGCAUUGAUAAGUCGACGAGUGUGAAGGCGAUCUUGAAGGACAUCCAGGUGGAUGUUGGCCCGGUCGACUUUAUUCUGUGUGUGGGUGACGGAAAGACGGACGAGGCUGUGUUUUCGUGCCUGGGCAAUGAGAGCAUUGUGGGCCCAGACAUUGAGGAUGUGAUCACCUGUACGGUCGGACAGAAGCAGACAGAGGCCAAAUAUUACCUUGCAGAUGUGCCAGAAGUCGAGUCGUUGUUGGAGGACAUGGCCAGGAACUAA